GUAAAUCACCAUCAAAAUCUAGUCCUUUGAAGACUUGAUGACCGAUAACUGAUCAUUCAUGCAGUAUAAACUCAUACUCAGAGUAGAACUCAUGUAUUGAUCUCUGACUGUCAAUCAUCUCACAGAGCGCCUGUCAAUCAUCUCUGAUAACGACAGGAAACUGUUUAAUGUUCAGCGGAUGUUCAGUCGCUCAGCAGUGCGCGUGAGAUCGAUCUCGAUCGAUAAUGAGUGAACAAAGUAUCUGUCAGGCGCGGGCCACCGUUAUGAUGUACGAUGACGGCAGUAAGCGCUGGUUACCGGCCGGUUCCGGCGCUCAGGCCGUCAGCCGGAUCCACAUCUUCCAGAACCCCAGUAACAACAGCUUCAGGGUGGUGGGACGCAAACAGCAGGCGGAUCAACAGGUGGUCAUUAACUGUCCUCUGGUCCGCGGGAUCAAAUACAACCAGGCGACUCCCACGUUUCACCAGUGGCGGGACGCGCGGCAGGUGUGGGGUCUGAACUUCGGCAGUAAGGAGGACGCGGCUCAGUUCGCCAGCGGCAUGAUGCACGCGCUCGACGUGCUCAGCGGUCACGCGGACACGGGUGCGUGUCCUCCUCCUCCUCGACCGCCUCAGAACGGCCCGAGCGCUGAGGAGUUAGAGCAGAGGAGGAGGCAGGAGCAGCAGGAGAGAGAGAGACAGGAGCAAGAGCGAAUGGAGAGAGAGAGACGGGCGUCUGCCGCUCCAGCCCCGCCCCCUGUUCCUCCUCCCGCUCCGGCCUCUGCUGCUCCUCCUCCUCCCCCUGGACCCCCACCUGCUCCAGGACCCCCGCCGCCGCCCCCACCACCACCUCCUUCAGGAGGAGGAGCUCCGCCCCCACCACCGCCCCCACCCUCUGGUGGUGGAGGAGGAGGAGGAGGAGGGGGAGGAGGAGGAGGAGGAGAUGGAGGUCUGGCCGCAGCACUCGCCGCAGCUAAACUACGCAAAGUGGCCAAGGAGGACAGUGGAGCGCCGGCUCCUGCGGCGAGCGCCAGUGCAGGAGGAGGAGGAGGAGGAGGAGGCAGUGGAGGAGGCGGAGGCGGAGGAGGAGGAGGAGGUGGAGGAGGACUGAUGGGAGAAAUGAGCGCCAUUCUCGCUCGAAGAAGAAAGGUUGCUGACACUCCAGCGGUGAAGAAGGAAGACGCGAGCGCUGAUUCUGUGAGCAACGACUCCAGAUCUGCAGAUAAAGCAGACGUGGUGAAGAAGCCUUGGGAGAAACCGUCGUCCAUUUCACGGGUGAACUCAGCGCCGAAGACUCAGGAGAAGAGCCCAGUUUCUCCAGCAACCUCGGCUCCGUUGAGCAGGACGAGGCCCAGCAGCAGCACCGGAGCAGACACCGGAUCCAGAGACUCUUCAGAGCUGGAGAAAUUCAAACAGGAAAUCCUGGAGGAGAUGCGCAAAGAGCUGCAGAAAGCCAAAGAUGAAAUCAUCAGCGCUCUGCUGGAGGAACUGCAGAAGAGCAGCGUGGUGUAGCAGCGUCACGCGUGAACAUCAGGACGAUGAAGAGUCGUCUGCUCAAACCACAGACACGACGCUUCGUUCUUAUGCACUGCGAAAAAUGAUCUUCCUCAGUAUUUUUGAACAAAAUCAAGAUACAUUUACUUGAGAAGACAAAGACAUCAGAUAUCAAGUCUUGUUCUGCCCCCCCACCACACAACAACCAAUCACAAAACUGGUGCGCAAUUCAGUUCAGCUCCAGAUAUAUACUUACAGUGUGUGGGCGGAGCCUCUCUGUCAGCACACUGCAGCCACUUGUCAGUCAACGGCCAAAAAUACAUAAUUUUAUACUAUAUUAAUAGAAGUAAGAAUAAUUUAAGAAAAAUAGCAUUUUUAAAAUAAAUUUAAUAUUUUUGAGUUAGUGACAGAUUUUUUUAAAAUGAGCAAAAAGCUACUCUAUUAUAAUAAUGAUAAACUUUUAAGCUUAAACUCAAUUUUUAUACAUUUUUCAUAAAACAAGACAUCUUAUGUCAUUUUGCUUCUCCAGUAAAUGUUUCUUGAUUUAAGAUUAUAUAUUUGUACUGGAAAACAAGAUGCCUACAUACUUGCAUUUACCCUCAUAUUUUUACAUUUGCUGCCUUUCACUUCUCUUUUUUGCAUCAGUUUUGUGUGUGUGAACGUCAAUGACCUCUAUUCAUAUUUUUCUGAUCCGCUGCUGUUCUAAUGCAUGUGUUUUAAUUAUCGCUCAUGUAGUAAUAUUGUCACUAGUUAGUUGUUUACAUCUGUAAUAAUCCGACCACAUGUUAUUUAUCAUCUGCUGUUCUCAGAUCUGUGUUUGACCAGGGGUUUUCAAACUGGGGUCCGGGGCCCCGCAAAGAGUGUUAGGGCCUCCGUGGAAAGAGGAAAAGUGUAAGAUUGGAUGAAAUAAAUAAUUUUAAUAAAAUAAAAAUGUUAUUAAAAUAAAUACAGUUAUUUAAAUAAACAGUACAGCAUUAAAGUGAGGGGGAAAAUAAUAGAAAAAAGCAGAAGCUAAAUAUUUUCCAAGUAAUAUUUAAUGUUUCGUACAUUAUAAUACUUUUUCACCGUAUACAUUUGGUCUUUAUACAUGAAAACACAUGAUGAUAUUUUGGGGUCCGUUUACUCUGAAAGAUUGAAAACCUCUGAUUUGGAUCAUGUAAAAUAAGAUGAUUGAAGAUCAGAUGUGAGUCUCAGGGAAGUUUGGGUGCAGUGUUUAUGUGCAGAGGAACAUCAGAUGUGGCGAACAAACUAUGUAUUAGUCUCUGUUAUUUUGUAUGUCCUGAACGGAAAAGUACUGUAGUAUUACCAUGCUUUUUGGUCAUGUACGAUGGUACUGUCAAAGUACUUUGGCACACUCUUGCUGAUUGUUUUACAGACUGUGAGAGAUCCGCUAUGCAGCGCUUUGGAAGUGCAAAUAAAAGCUGUUUGCAUCAGGCUGAUCCCGGA